UUCUACCCUUUGGGUGAAAACCGAAGAUUCGAACGUGUUUCGGAGAACAUCAAAGUCGGACAAGAAGUGUUUCGAGUGGAAGUUCAUCCGCGCAGUCAGCUGCGGCUUGACGCAGUCGAUAAUUCCUUGUCCGACACCAACUUUUUCGAAGUCACCGACAUUGACGACAAGACCGUCGCCAUUAAGGUGUCGAAAUCGCUCGAGGAUCUCGUCGACAGGCCCGAUCCCCAGAGCGUGCUCAAAUUCAAAUUGACCUGCAAAGGACCGUCAGGAUCAGAAGAGGCUUUCCUGCCGGUGACCGUCUACGUGCAGGAUGUCAAUGACCACGCGCCCGAGUUCCAGAACACGCCGUAUCAUCUUGAAGUUGACGAGCUCACUCCCGUGGGACUCACGAUCUUCAGAGGUAUUCACGCCGUCGACCGGGAUAAGCCGAACACGCCGAACUCCGACGUCACCUACGCCAUUGUGGGCGGAAACGACAACAACUCGUUCGCGCUCUCGGAUCCUCUCGAGGGCAUCAUCGUUAUCAACAAGCCUUUGGACUACGACCACGGAACGCGGGUGUACAAACUCCAGAUACAAGCCAGAGACCAUGGCUCGCCCGAAAGUUUCCAGACAAACACCGAGGCGACGAUCCGAGUGAAGGACGCUGACGACCAGAAUCCCGUCUUCACGAAACCCGUAUACCAUGCAAAUGUCACCGAGUCGGCCCAGAUAACCGGAGCCCGACUGCGGAAUCGGGUUAAAACCGACGCUCAAGUGCACGCAUUCGAUCAGGAUUUGGGAAUCAACACCCCGCUUCGCUACUCUAUAAUUCAUGGCAACGAACUCGGUAUUUUUGAACUCCAUGAACACACCGCCGAGCUCUUCAUGGUUCGUGAAGUCGAUCUCGAGAGUCUGCCCUCGAGUACGAUCACGCUCCAGGUUCAGGCAACACAAAUGGACAACGCUCUGCGGUACGCGAUUUCGAAGGUUGAGAUCACUGUCCAGGACGUGAACGACAACAUCCCCAUUUUUGACUACGACAUGUACAACAUCACCGUCAUGGAAAAUCUCCCGACCGGUUUCACCGUCGUCCAAGUUAAUGCUGUCGAUAAGGACUCGGGUGAGAACGCCGACUUCGUCUAUCACCUAAUCGACGAGAGUGGCGGCUUCAGCAUCGACGACAAGACCGGGGCCAUUAGCGUCCGCGAUCCUGCGAAGCUGGAUCGGGAAAAGACCGACAAGGUCAUCAUGAAAGUUCUGGCUCUCGAACGAAAACCCAACGUGCUUCCGGACGCGAAAGCGAGUGCAACUGAGGUGAUCGUCUACCUGCUGGACGCCAACGACAACAACCCGAAAUUCGUACCUGAAGGAGUUUACACAUUCCGAGUGACGGAAACCGACCCGGCUGGAACAGUUAUCGGAUCGGUGGUCGCCAUCGACCCCGAUAUGGGCGACAAUGGCAAAGUCGUUUUCUUCAAGCAGAACGACACGCUGAGUCACGGAGUUCCUUUCGACGUCCAUCCUCUUAACGGAUCCGUUUACGUGCUCAACGCUUUCACGCAGAUCCCGGUCAAGCAGGAUAGAUACACGUUUUUCGUGAUCGCUUCCGACUCCGUCAAAAACCCCCACGAGAGAAGAACGGCUGUUGCUGUCGUGCACAUUGACGUCACGGAUGUGAAUAAUAACGUGCCGGAGUUCGUCGAUGCUCCAUAUGAGGCUCACGUGGGCGAAUCCUUGCCAGCCGGAGCUCUCGUUACUCAAGUGAAGGCGAAGGAUCUCGACGCCAACUCCCUGCUCCAAUAUUCCUUCAUAGCGGGCAACGACGACGAACUGUUCCGCAUAGAUACACACUCCGGUACUAUCAGCACCCUCCAAGUUUUGGACUUCGAGAAGAAGCAAGCCUACGAUCUACUGGUUCAAGUCUCAGACGGCUUCAACACCGCCGUCGCACCACUGACUGUCCACGUGGUGGACAUCAACGAUCAACAACCCGUAUUCACUCAUAACUACUACAACUUCACCGUCGUCGAAGAAAUGCCUGAAAACACCACAGUGGGGACCAUCAAGGCCAUCGACCGUGAUUCCGGAGUGAACGCCGAGAUCCAAUACAUAAUCCUAGGCGAUCAGGCCAACGACGCAUUUGUCGUGGACGACGAUGGAAAUAUCGUGACGCGACGAAGACUCGAUAGAGAAGUUGAGGGAAAGACCGAGUUCUUGGUGAUUGCCUACGACGGCGGAGUCCCACAGCUCAGUGGAACGACCACGGUUGCUGUGAGCGUAGAGGAUAUCAACGACAACCCGCCUUAUUUCGAGGGCGACACUUUCUUCGUGAACAUCCCCGAGGAAGUUGAUCCGCCGAAAGAGGUCUACAAACUCGAGGCCAAAGACGUCGAUCAAGGCGAUAAUGCGGUCAUGAAGUAUCGAAUCAUCGGAGGCAACGAAGAAAAGAACUUCGAAAUCAACGAGGACACCGGUGUUGUGUACACGACCAAGAAACUCGACUACGAAACGAAGCCCGAGUACUCUUUGCAGGUCGCCUCGUUCAACAUUAAGCCCUUCCAAGGGCCUACCGCCUCCACUCUCGGAAAUCCGGUCGUAAACCUUGUUGUCAAGAUUCAGGAUGUCAACGAUGAGGCUGCCCUCUUCGAGCACACGCAGUACCAUUUCCGCAUCUUGGAGAACACAACGCGCUCCGAAACUGUCGGAUACAUCCGCGCCUCAAGCCCCUCUCGGGCACAGAACGACCAGCAGAUCACCUACUGGAUCGGGGACGGGAACGACGCCGGGAAAUUCUGGAUCAAUCCCGAAACCGGAGAGCUGGUGCUCAUGGACAAAGUCGAUCGGGAUCCUCCCGCGAGUCAGAGACAGUUCGCUCUCCAAGUACUCGCGAGAGACGUGCUAUCUAUUAGCGAUUUGAAUAUCUCCGUUCCGGUCGUCAUCGACGUAAUUGAUAUCAACGAUAACGCGCCAUCGUUCGGCGAGGAUAAAUUCGCGCUCGAACUGCCGGAAUCCCUGCCUCCGGGGACUGAACUCCCUGCGUUCUAUCAGGCGUUCGAUAUCGACGCCGGCGAAAACGGCCGCCUCGUCCAGUUCAUGAUCAACGGCAGCGAGGAUAAGUUCGCUGUCAACAAUGAAACCGGAGCCCUGAUGCUUAUAUCGGAUCUCGACUACGAAACGCAAACAUCGCACGAGUUCAUCGUAUUGGCCGUUGACGGAGGGACUCCGCCAAGGACUGGGUCGGCCACAAUCGUAAUUUCCGUGCAGAACAUUAACGAGUACAACCCGGAGUUCGUGGGCCUGCCCUACAAUUUCCAAGUUGCCGAGAACGCCGCGCAAGGCACAAGCGUCGGAAACAUCCAGGCCACAGAUAGAGAUGGAGACAAAAUUACCUACACGCUCGCCGAGGGAGAUACAGACUUCUUCGGCAUCGAGCGAGAUCACGGACGGGUUUUCGUAAAGAAAAAUCUCGAAUCCAGGACUCAUUUCCACUUUGUCGCUGUGGCGACCGACGACGGCGCUCCGUCGAACCGUAGUCUCGGCGUGAAAGUCACCAUUUACGUCCGGGAGGUUAACAACCACCCUCCGGUGUUCUCGCACCAGUCGUACGAGGGCUCGGUGUUGGAGAAAUUCGCCACGGACCGGGUCGUGAUCCGGCUGCACGCAACCGAUCUCGACUUGCAGAACAACACCAUAACGUACGACAUAACAAGCGGCAACGAAGACCAAGUUUUCAUGAUCGAUCCGGUGACAGGCGAAAUCCGGGUCAAUCCGGACAACGUGCAUCUUUUGGACUACGAUCGGAAGAAGAGUUACAUCAUGCUCGUCCAGGCCAAAGACUCUCACCUGACUCCUUUGAUCGGUUUGUCGAUGGUCACGAUCAACGUCAUCGAUUCGAACGAUCAUCCGCCUGUUUUCUCGAAAACCGCGUAUUCUGCUUCCCUCCCGGAGAAUCUUCCAGCUGGCCACUGUUUCCUACACAUUUCGGCUACGUCCGGAGACUCUGUCGAUCAUCUGAACUACAAGAUCCUGAACAAAGAUAUUCCAUUCACAAUCAACGCGAAGACCGGCGAUAUAUGCACGGCCAAAGUUCUCGAUCGAGAGCUCAAGGACUCGUAUGAAUUCGCUGUGUCGGCAGAGGAUGGAAAGUUCGAUGCUAAGGUUCCGAUAUCGGUGGAAAUAACCGACGAAAAUGACAACCCGCCCAAGUUCGAGAAAGAGCGUUACGUGGUCACCAUUCCCACCGACUCCCAGGCGGGUCGCUCGGUAAUUCAACUCCAUGCAGUCGAUCUCGAUACAGCCAACAACGGUGAAAUCACCUACUGGAUCAAGAACACUCACGGCAUCUUCGAAAUCGAUCCGAAGACCGGUUUGGUCCGACUCGCCUCCAGUUUGUUGAACGCCCGGAGGGGAAAUAACGCUUCGUUCGAAAUGGAGGUUUUCGCACAAGACCACGGAGCCACUUCGAACAUUGGUCGCUCGAUGCUCUUCGUCAGGGUUUCGAACACACUCAACCAUCCCCCUGUUUUUGAGCGAUUCGCCUACAGCGUGUUCGUCGACGAAAACGCCGCAAACGUUCCUCUGGUUCAAGUCCAUGCCAGCGACCAAGACGAAGGCCGUUCCGGAAAAGUUUUCUAUCGCAUCGUACGAUCGAGCAUGAAGGGCGCGUUCAAGAUCGACGAGACUUCAGGCAAGAUCACUCUAGUCCAGGCAUUGGAUUACGAAAAGACAAAACAUCUGGAAAUCUUUGUCGAGGCUAGAGACGACGCUAAAGAACAGCAGUACGCGACGACUGUCGUCCAAGUGACUGUGAACGACGUGAACGACAACGCUCCCGAAUUCCUCUCGCUGCCGCGGGUUCUCCGAGUGCCGGUGUCGACCGCUCAGAACGAGAUCGUUUACAAAGUUCAAGCUCAGGAUCUCGAUUCCUCGAUGAGCGGGAACAAUGAGAUAAAAUUCGAGCUGAAUCCGCCUUCGCUGCGGUUCUCGAUCCACCCGAAAACGGGACAGAUAUUCGCCACACAGCCGCUGGUGGUCGGCGCUGAGAUCCUGCGCAUCGUUGCGACUGACAGCUCCACGUAUCCUUUGGCCAACAACGUACAGAUGCGUAUCGAGGUAUUCCGGGAAAGUAUCGACAAUCCAACCCCAGCCUUCAGCUCGGUGCAAUACAUGAUCGACACAAACAGCGUCCUCGAAGCCGGAGCAACGGCUCUAGAUGCGCGCGCUACUAUUCCGGACGGCUCGGCUGUUUGGUACAACAUCACCGGUGACGACGGAAGCCACGUCAGGAAAUUUUCUAUCAAUCAUGAAACGGGUCGCAUCGUGACAACCUCGCGUUUGGACGCCGAGAAACAGUCUCUCUACCACUUCAUGGUUUUGGCGACGAACCGCCGGAACCCGGCCGAAGUCACAGAAGCCGGGGUGGUAAUCCGCUUGAUGGACAAGAACGUCAAGUGUCCGAAAUUCCCCUUCUCGGAAUAUUUUGCCUCUAUCCAGGAGAACUCUCCGCCCGACAGUAUCGUCCUCCCCAAUGUGCACGCCGAAGAUGCCGAGAAAUUCGAGAAGCAAAUCUCUUAUCAAAUCACCGAGGACAAUUCGCAGGACAACUUCUUCCUGGACACGUCGCAAAAUGUUGUUGCUCUCAAAGUUAAAAAACCCGUCGAUCGAGACGCCAUGCCCGCUUUUCUGCAGGGCGUGUUCACGCUCACCGUUGCGGCCUCGAACUCGAAGUGUGCUGGAAACACUCGAGUUCGGAUCCACAUCGAGGAUGUCAACGAUAACAGUCCGGUGUUCGACAAGUCCGAGUACAAUGUUGAACUGGAAGAGAACACGCCCCCCGGACACGUCGUCGUUCACGUUUCCGCGACUGAUAGGGACGGACUCGACUCAAACAAAUUGCGCUACUACAUCAUGGAGGGAGACUCCGAAGAGGAAUUCACGUUGGACGAAAGCUCAGGAAUUCUCUCGGUGAAAACUAUUCCCGACAGAGAGAAAACUCCGUCGUACAGCCUGAAGAUUGUGGCCAUCGAUUCGGCGAACAACACGGGACGUGCGACGAUCAACGUCAAGAUCCUGGAUAUGAACGAUUGGACGCCAACGUUCCUCAACGACACGUUCUUCCUGAACGUUACGGAAGGAAGACCUAGUUUGAACAAAUUCGUUCAACUCCCCGUCGCCGAUUACGAUGACGGUAUCAAUCGCCAAGUAGAACUUUACAUUGUCGAUGGAAACAAUGAGAAUCAGUUCCGACUAGGCGUCAACGAACAUGGUGCUCUGCUGAAGGUUGUUUCUGAGUUGGAUCGAGAUAAAUACAAGGUGGACGACACCGCGCUCCAUUUUGUCAUAGUGGCUGCGAGAGACAUGGGAACCCCUUCGAGAACGGGUACAACCACGGUGGCUGUCGUAAUCCACGACGUCAACGACAGUCCCCCAUCUUUCGAGCGAGAGGCUUAUUACCAGUUCAUUUCUGAGAGCGCUCCCAUCGGCACCGUGGUGGAAACUGUGAAAGCCACAGAUCCCGAUACGGCGGCGAACACAAGGAUGAGAUACCGAUUCGCCGGAAACGAUCCUACCAUACCGUUCGAGAUUGACCCGGUCAGUGGAGCGAUUAACGUCACACGGCAUCUUGAUAUUUCCGAGUCUCAGGAGUACACGCUCACUCUCGUGGCGAGUGACGGAAAGUGGGAUGCUCAGGCCACGAUGAAGAUCUACGUGCACGAAGCAGAGGAGCGAGAUCCUCGCUUCAAUCAGAAUACAUACAAGUUUUCUGUUCUGGAAAACGUCGCUGGAGCUGUGGUUGGACAGGUGGAACUGCAAUCGAAGAAGACCCGCGCGAACUCACAAAUGCGAUACUCCAUUGUAAAUACUGAUGUACGCACUUUGUUCAACAUUACAAAAGACGGAGAGAUCUACACCAAAGUCGGGCUCGAUCGCGAAAAGCGAUCGAAAUACACCUUCACAGUAAUGUUGGAGGAGAGACGACCGACAACAAAAGUCACGGUCAGUGAAGUCAGCGUUGAUGUUGUUGACGUGAACGAUGAAAUCCCGACGUUCUCGCAAAGCUAUCAAGGAGUCAUCAAAGAGAACUCGCCGCCAGGCACAACGGUCACGAUCAAACCGCAGAUCCACGCUGUGGACAAUGACGCAGGAAACAAUUCAAUACUCGCAUACUCGCUCGGGGGUCCUGGCUCUGAAUUGUUCUCCAUCCUGGAUAACGGUGCUGUGAUUUUCACCGGAGGCAGCCCGAUAUCGACGUUAAAUCGAGAACUCACAGACAAAUAUGAGCUUUUGGUGACUGCGCGAGAUCUCGGAAACCUCAGCUCGUCUACAUAUCUCACCAUCAAGGUCGAAGACGAGAACGACAACGCACCGGUGUUCCAGCACGGACCGCUGAAGGUUCUCCUGCCGGAAACAGCUCGACCGGGUGCGCGGGUCGCACAGGUUCAGGCAAUCGACAUCGAUGAGAAGGGAUCUAAUUCGAAGGUGGAUUACUCUAUAACUGCCGGCGGGACCGGAAACAUUCGGAUCGAUCGACAGAGUGGAGAACUGUUCGUUGUAGGAACUCUUAAGCCCGAAUCGGUGUACAACCUAAAUAUCACCGCUUCUGACGGCAAAGGGCUCUCCAACGUCAUUCAAGUGAACAUCACCGUCCUCGAUGUUAACGACCACAAACCGACGUUCGUGAAAUCCGAAUACAACUUCAAUAUCGAGGAAGGCAACUACCGCGAGACCAAACGACGCCUCGGCGUUCUUCGAGCCGUGGACGAAGACAAAGGAAAGAAUGGCGCUGUGGACUAUGCCCUCCUUGUGCGAAAAGACGAGCAGCUACCCUUCCAUAUCGAUGUGCACACCGGAGAACUUUUCGCGACCGGUAUUCUCGAUCGCGAAACCAAGGACAAGUACCUCUUCCAAGUGCUCGCGCUCGAUAACGGCGAGGUCCCUCAAAAUUCCACCGUCAACGUGACGAUCGUUAUCGACGACGUCAACGACGAGAAGCCCAAGUUCUUCACCGAUCCCUAUCUUGCACAAGUUCCCGAAAACAUGGAUCCCGGCCAGAAAGUCACUCAGAUUCGAGCCUUUGAUCCGGACGCUGGAGAGAACGGUCUCGUCUUCUAUAAGCUGGGUGGUGGGCACGACAACAGAUUCUACAUCGAUUCGAAGGAUGGCACGGUCUGGACUCUGAGCAAACUUGAUUUCGAGCAGCAAGAGUUCUACAACAUGACCGUGAUCGCCUACGAUCAGGGAAAGCCAAGUCUCAGUGCGACCGCCAAACUGUGGGUGACAGUUACAGACAGAAAUGACGUCAUUCCCGAUUUUGCCAAGUCCGUUUAUACACUCGAAGUCGCCGAGAACACCAAAGUAGGAGAUGUCGUCUUCACCCUCGACGCUGGAUCCGGGAACUUCCACUACUCGUUAGUCACUUCUGACGAGGACAACACUUUCACUGUGGAACCGAACACGGGAGAAAUCCGAUUGGCGAAACCCUUGGAUAGCGCCCAGCACUCGCACUAUAAACUCGUGGUGAAAGCCAGCGAUGAGGGAGAUCCGCCCAGAUCUGAUUCGGCCGAGGUGAAUAUUAUCGUCGGUAGCGGACAGGGGGUCCGUCUGUUCCCACUUCGAAUGUACGAGGUCCUCGUUUUCGAGAAUCAGCUCGCGCCCCAAGUCAUCCUCGACCUGAACGCCACCGACGAGAUAUCUCACCGAGCCGUCGAGUAUCAGAUCGUCAACGACAGAUACAACGGUCUCUUCUCAAUCGAACCGGAAUCCGGACACCUCUCGGUAACCUCGAGCCUCGACCGCGAAACCAAAGCACGUUAUCUGAUCAAAGUCAAGGUCAGCUCUGGCAAGCGCGCAUCUAAGUCGCUAGGCAAGAGAUCUAUCCGAGAACGGAAAGACAAGAAGGAGGAAGACUUCGAUGUUAUGCAGCAUAUCGCCUUCGACGAGACCGUCGUCUCAAUAAAGGUCGGAGACGAGAACGAUAACUCGCCCGUAUUCGAGCACGGAGGCAAACCCAUCGUCGCUGCCGUUCCACUCGAGGCGUCCUUCGGGUACCAAGUCGCCCGAGUCCAGGCCAGAGAUGCCGAUACGGGAACCAACGGGAACAUACGCUACGAGAUCGUCCAGAGGUCAGAAGAUGCGUCGUCCAAAUUCCAAGUCGAUCCAAUCACGGGAGUGAUUCGAUCGGUUGUGACCUUCUCGCUGGAUGGCGGGAAAAUGUACACAUUCGACGUGAAGGCCACCGACCGCGAUGGAUCCGACGGUGGAAACUCGGCCAUUAUCUCGAUCAUGGUCUACGUUCUCCCGGAAACCAAGCUCGUCCUCUUCGUCACGGACACCCCACCGGUGUUGGUCGAGCAACAUAUCGACCGAAUCCUCGGAUAUUUAGGGAACAUAACUAAUUACGAGGUCAAGAUGGCCAAGCUCGAGCCUCACCACGAAGAGGACACAGAACACCCCGACUCGUCGGAUCUCUUCCUCUACGCAAUCGACAAGAGCACCAACGAAAUCGUGGACACAGAAACGCUGUUGAACGCAUUCAACGAGAACUCCCAAGUCAUUGUGAGAUACUUGGACUCAUUCCGUAUCCGACGAAUUCAAGGCGUAUCUGUACAGGAGAAAAUUUCUCAGAUGGGCACCACGGAGAUUGCCAUCAUUGCGCUCAGUAGCGUCAUCUUCCUCGGCGCGGUUCUCGGAAUCGUUCUGUUGUGUUCUUCGUGCCAGAGAAAGAAACUGCGCAAACGUCAAAAGUCAUGGGAACAACAACGACUCUAUAGCAUCAAGAACCCCAUGAUGACUGGUCCUCCGAAAAUUGGAAUGGUUCCAGCCGGCUACAGAACAGCGUCGCGCACUGGUCAAUCUAUCGCAAGCUCCAGACCUCCGUCGCAUAUGCAGUUCGUACACCACGACGAUGCUCCCAUGGACUACGAUGAACAGAGCAUCGCCGGGACGGUUUACUCGACCAGUCGGGGGAACCCACGAAUGAUGAAGCGCAACUUCGCGCCCGAUGGAGCUUCGACCUUGAAUCGUCCUCGAAGCCCCCGUUACGACCGCUACUCGCAGCAUGGCGGUAGUCGUCACGAUGACGGUUGGAUGGACGAGGACGAAGACAAGGACUCGGUGUCCGGCGCUCACUUAGACUCGGAAGCAGUGUACGCGAUGUCGGUUUUCGUAAUGGCCCUCGCUGUAAACGCGAUCUUGUUUCUCAUUCUCCCGGAUACUUUGCGUAACUUGCACUUAAGAGUAUUGACGCUGCCUCCAGCGUUGCGAGCGAUUCCCGCCAUGGUAGAGUUGCCUCUGGCCCCAAUCGCGAUCGCCCAACCCCUCGUGGUGCAAGCGGGCGGGGAUCCUUCAUAG